AUGGUCUGUUUUUUCACGGCUGCAGCUGUGGCUGUUUUGGGUACACUGUUGUUGUUCCUUGUUACACUUCUUUUCUCUGACGGAGAUGUGUUGCUGAUGUUUAAAACCAAGUUUGGAAAACAACCAGACAGUCUCGCAGGGAAAGUUGUGUGGAUUACUGGAGCAUCCAGUGGUAUUGGUGAACACAUUGCUUACUGCUUGGCUAAGGCUGGAUGUAGGCUUGUCCUGUCCGCAAGAAGAAUCGAGGAACUUGAAAAAGUCAAACAGAAAUGUCUGUUAAUAGGUAAAGACCAUAUUUCAGAAAGCGAUGUAUUCGUCUUGCCGUUGGAUAUUGUAGCAUUUGAUACACACAAACCAGCAGUGCAGACAGUUCUGCAAAAGUUCAAUCAGAUUGAUAUUCUAAUCAACAAUGCUGGCCGAGGGCAGCAGGCGGUGUGGAUGGACGUGGAGUUAAGCGUUGAUCGCCAGAUGUUUGAGAUCAAUGUUCUGGGACCUGUCUCGCUGACACAGCAGGUGCUCCCACACAUGAUACAGCGUCAUAGAGGCCAUAUUAUUGUUGUGAGCAGCGUCGCGGGAAAAAUUGGACCUCCUCACUUCAGAUCGUACACAGGGUCCAAACAUGCUCUCCAUGGCUACUUUGAAUGUCUUCGGAAUGAGCUUGACCAAUACGACAUCGACGUGACUCUGGCGUGUCCAGGACCUGUGGUUUCAAACAUAUCGCUUGUCUCACUGACCGGUAAGCCAGGGGAAAUAGUCAAAAAACAGUUCACGGCGUCAAACAUGAGAAUGGCCACCGGUCGUUGUGCCUACCUAAUCUGUGUGGCUGUUGCUAAUCGCCUUUAUGAAGCUUGGAUCUCCAGACAUCCGUCUUUGGUUAUCUUGUAUCUCAAUCAAUAUUUCCCAGAUCUAACCAAGUGGAUUUUAAAGAAAGCUGGUAAACUCGUGGUUCUGAAAAUACGGACACAUCUGGACUGA